UGGACUCUGAGUACUGCAACAAAGAGAUUAAACAUGAAGCUCUCCAUCUUUCUGCUGUGUCUCCUCGGAACCAGCCUGGUAUUUGCAGAAAACCAGGAUUCAGGGUCUAGCUCAAAUUCGUCUGAGGAAGACCUGGAUUCUGGGUCAAACUCAAAUUCAUCUGAGGAGGACCUGGAUUCUGGGUCUAACUCAAGUUCAUCUGAGGAGGACCUGGAUUCUGGGUCUAACUCAAGUUCAUCUGAGGUGAAUCUUCAUCAGCACAAAGCCAUGAUUCCUAUCAGAUCUAACCUGCAUUGAGAAGCCGCCUACAAGAGAAAAAGGUCGCAAAAAUGAAAGUGCAUCUCAAGAGGCAAUCUGCACAGCUGACGCAGGACGGUGUAAACAACCAUGCAUGUGAAACAAAUAAAAAAAGUGGAAAUUAAAGAUGAACUUGAUUAUGAUCAGCAAAUUGUUGUUUUAUUGUCUUGC